UACACAUGGUCGCCAAUUCAACAUUUCAGCAAAGAUUGGGAGUACAAGUAUGUUCCUGAACCCCAAGAUCGGCUUGACUAUGUAUUUCAUUCGGGUCCAAUUAAAACUGAUAAUGUAACGUUGUACUGUGGAACAUAUCCUCUGUUGGAUGUUGGCUUGGAUGGCAAAUAUAAGCACAACGACUAUCCAUCCGAUCAUUAUGCACUUAUUGUUGACUUAAUUAUGUGA